ACCGCACACAUUUCGCUUUACGGUAAUACAAUGCCACACCGCGGCGAUGCGUAACAAUGCACCCCAAUAGCUCUCAAUUCAACACACGUCCUCUACAGGGACACACUCGCAUAGACGUAGCCCCGCACUACAAAAGAGAGAGAGAGAACUACAGUUCCCAUCCGCCAUUGCGCCAUCCCUCCACCGCAGACAAAGAGCCGCAUACGUGCACACGCUACUCGAGGAGUCUUUUUUUCUAAUAAAAGAAACGUAUCUCACUCUCGGUAACAAAACGCAGCGGAACGUAUGACGCCGCAAACAAAUAUAACCUGCAAAACAGACCAAGCGGCCUGAUUCGCUGCGUGAUUUCUCGUAUCCGGAAGUUGGAAUGGCGUGAGAAACAGAGCGCGAGCGCUGUCCGAGGUGCUGAUAUAAAUUUGAGAAGAUGGAUGAACCUCAAGAGCCGUCGUCCUGUAUCCCCAACGGCCACGACUCCGGCAACAACCCCCCGAGUAGUGAAUCUGUCAUCACUCCGCAUUGCAACGGAGUGCCGGAGCGCAGGGCCCUGCUGCGGGAGCCCGAGGCCCACGGACUCCAGCUGCUGGCAGUGCUCAGAUCCUUCCGGGAGCAGGGCUUAAUGUUUGACUUCACCAUUAGGGUCCAGGAGCACAGCUUUCCCUGCCACCGCUGCGUCCUGGCGGCAUGCAGUGAUUUCUUCAGGGCCCUGUUUGAGGUGGACAUGAGAGAGCGUGGUGAUGGUUCAGUGACUCUGGGUAACCAGUGCACGGCAGCGGUGGGUUCGUUCCUGGACUUUGCUUAUUCCGGAGAGACACUCAUCACUGAUGGCAAUGUAGACAUGCUGUUUCAGCUUGCCUCUUUUCUACAGGUUCCCGUCCUGUUCCAAGCAUGCAGCAAGUUCUUGAUAGGAUCCAUGGAUCUCAGUAACUGUCUGUCCCUCUUCUGCCUCGCGGAGGCCUACGGCUCUGCUUCCCUUCUCCAAAGUGCCAACGAGUUUGUGGUUCAGAACUUCUUUGACCUCUCCAAAACCCAGGACUUUCUGGAUAUUCAGGUGAACGUAUUGGAGGCGUGCCUAAGUUCAGAUGCUCUGAACGUGCCCAGUGAGGAGGCCGUGGUGAUGUCACUUCUUAGGUGGACACGUCACGAUCUCCCAAGAAGACAGAGACUGUUGCCAGGCCUGUUAUCGCUAACCAGACUCCACCAUUUACCUGCAGCUGUACUAAAGGUAUCGGGCAGCUAUAGGCCUUUAUGUUGUGGUCUUGUGAUUGUCUCAACAUGGGUUCCCUCUCACCGUCCCUCUCAGACUCUGCGUGACUCAGACGCCCUGCUCUGCGAUGGUAAGUCGUGCCUCGCCCUGCUCUCAGAGGCUCUGAGCAAGCAGGUUCAUUACAGCGGCCUGCUCUGUGACGCCAGGCCAGCCACCACGCAGACCUACAUCUACAUCCACAAGACCGAGGAGAAUGGAGAGAUCCGCCACACCUUCUGCUACUGUCUGGAAACAGACCAGUGGAAAAAGCUGGGAACAGAGGGCGGCGCUGCUACGCCAGACCCGCCAGGAUCCUGCCUUACCAGCUUUGGAGAGAAGAUGUUUGUGACAGGCGGUUGCCGGGGGAACUGUUGCCGAACGAUACGACUCCAUGUGGCAGAACCGUUCCAUGACGCCACGGAUGAGGUUUGGUGCUUCUGUCCCGUGACCCUAACCUGCACGCCCGCGCCUGCCAUGCGAAAGCCCAGAACCACGCACACGGCCGUAGCCUGCCUGGACAGAGUGUACGUGAUCGGAGGACGGACCAAGGGAUCAAGAGGUGGAGCACCUAGUCUGCUGGAGGUGGAGUAUUACAACCCUCUAAUCCAGACCUGGUGCUCCGUCAGCCCGCUGCCCACUGCCAUCUUCUACCCCGAGUCCAGUGCUUGUGGAAGUGUUAUCUACACACUGGGCUCAGAGGUGGAGAUCACAGACUCCUUCAACCCCUCACUGGACUGCUUCUUCCGCUACGACGCGCAGCAGGACCAGUGGAGCCGCCUGGUGGCAGAGUUUGGCCAGUUCUUCCAUGCUACGUUGGUCAAGGCAGUGUCAAUUAAUGAUACGCUGCACCUUUGUGACCUGUCCACUUACAAGGUCUACAGUUUCUGUCCAGAGACCUGCAUGUGGAAGGGUGAAGGGUCAUUUGAGUGUGCUGGGUUCAAUGCCGGAGCGGUUGGUAUGAGAGACAAAAUCUACAUCCUGGGUGGAGACUAUUCACCCGACGAGAUCACUGACGAAGUUCAGGUGUACCACAGUAAGAGAAACCAGUGGGAGGAAGUGACCCCCAUGCCCAGAGCACUCACCGAGUUCCACUGCCAGCUGAUCAGCUUCAACAGAUACAAAGACCCAUGGGGUGACACUGCAUGACACACUGCGCACACCCACCCAUGAAAACAUUUGAAUGGCUAUGCAUGCAGGUGUCACUGACUCAUGAAGUUACCCGUGAGUCACCCUUAAAGCUUUCAAACCGUGCAGAACAGACAGCUGAGAGAAAGAUCUAUGACUCUCCUCGCAUCACUCACACAUCAUCAUAACACAAGAGCAUCCGGGACAGUUUGUUUAUUUAUUGACUUUUCCCUUCACUUUGUAUGUGUGAGGCCCCUACUGUCAUAGGACCUGUGUUGUGUCAUUCACAAUCUGGUGUCUCCCAUGGAGGAACCCUAUGGAGUAGACUAUUUUAGAAAUUCUAUUUUAGUAGCUAUUUUUUGGGCUUUGUAUGAAAAGGACAUUACCCCAAAGAAGUAUAUGUGAAUUGUGUGUCGUGAAUGGAUCGAACAACUUUGUUUUGACAAAAUGACAUAAACACGUACAGUAUAAGUCCCUUUCAAUUUAAUGUGUAAUGCUGUGACGUAAAGUUCAAUUGAUUUUCCAGAUUUCUUUUAGAUUUCUUUUCUUUGCCUUUAGCUGAUGAAGAACUGCUCAUAAAUAUUACAUUAUAUUAUAUUUAAAAUUCAACUACAUAAUUAAG